GAAGUAGGUACACUAUAUUUAAAAUUUUUAAACCCUGUAUUGGCUGUAUUAUGUUAUAUAAUAUUAUCAAUAUUAUCAAUAUUAUCAUAAAGACUAAAAAGUAGAUAUUCUGUAUUACACUGUAAUUAUUGUUUAAACAAGUAACUACUACUUAUUAUAUAGUUUAUGAAUUAUAAAAGCAUUACAGUUUAAUCGGUUUAUAAAUUAUUCAAUGAAGUGAUCUACUAUUAAUAAAAUGCCGCCGAAACAGAGAAAAAUCGCUAUUAUGGGUUAUCGUUCAGUCGGUAAAUCGUCAUUAAGCAUUCAAUUUGUUGAAGGUCAGUUUGUUGACUCCUACGAUCCAACAAUUGAAAACACUUUUGUAAAAUCCACUAAAGUAAACAAUCAAGAAUAUGAAUUGAAAUUAGUCGAUACAGCCGGACAAGACGAGUAUUCAAUAUUGCCGACACAAUAUUCUAUGGACAUUCAUGGAUAUGUCUUAGUCUAUAGUAUUGCAUCACCAAAAUCUUUUGAAAUUAUACAAAUCAUUUAUGAUAAAUUAUUAGACGUGACAGGCAAAGUACAUGUUCCUGUAGUAUUAGUAGGUAAUAAAAAAGAUUUACAUAUGGAUCGAGUUAUCACACAAGAAGAAGGAAAGAGGUUAGCAGAUUCAUGGAAAGCUGUAUUUCUCGAAGCUUCGGCCAAGCAGAAUGAGUGUGUAGCUGAUAUAUUCCAUACUAUGUUAGUGGAAAUUGAAAAAGCAAAUGGAAAUACUGUUCAAGAAAAUAAUAAAUGUAUUAUUUCAUGAAAAUGUAAAAUUAUAUCAACGACUUAUUUAUUUGAAUUAUUAUGGAUUAUGAUGCUUAAAAUAAUACUCAUAUG